AUGGCAUUUCUUGAUGUCUACUGGCAGGUGGUGCACGCCAUCAUGACUGUGACACCGUGGGCGCGCAUCUCUGAAGAGGUGCUGCGUAAAGCAAUCCUGGAAAUGUACACCAGCAACUCGCUCAUCCCAACCGGGAUUUCCAUAGAGGCAAUGGGAAACUGGUGUGAAAAGAUGGCAUUUUGCAUUCACAAAGUGGUACGGCGCUUUAGGAAGCUCUACACUGAAAGUCCUACCAGCAGUAAGAGUGCCAAAAUGCAGGCCUUGAAGGAUCGCUGCAUGAAAAGCGGUGUGCCAGUCUUGAAGCCGCAGGACUCCAGUGACUCUCUGGGCUCCACAACUCCUCGGUCCGCCUCUGCAACUGAUUUGGAAAAAGUCAGUCCUCCUCCGGUGGAUCUGGCCAAAAUUCUGCAAAGAUUACGCCAAAAAAGAAUCGAUUUGGCAGAGUCAAAUGCCGAGUCUGUGGAGGAAGCUGCGCCGGAGGUUGCCUCGAAGGCACCUGCUUCGGAUGAGACUGUCCGGACCCGACCUGUGGCAACACCAGCCAGAGCUCUGCCAAAGGACGCAGCUGUUGCGAACAAAUGGUUGCUGCCCAACUAUGUACUCCAGCAAUUGCAGAAAAAGGAGGAAUACGUUCGGCCUUUUGACACUCAGGGCGCUGAUGAUGGUGAGGACGUUGGUGCGAUCGAUGCUGAACUAGCUGAAGAAACGGCAGAACCGCAGAAAACCAAAGCCAAAAAAAACGAGACCUUUGCAGCAGAAGAUGAAGCAGCUUUGACGCAGGAAGCAGCUGGCAUGCCUGCAGCUCAGGCUGCAGAAGCUGAGGCGAAUGCACCUGCAGGGCCUGCUGCCGAGCAGGCUGAAUCUACAAAGCUCUAUGUGCCUGGCGGUGAAGCUCGCAAAAAAAUCAUCAAGGCUGCCAGGGCUGAGCAAGGCAUCAAACAUGCUGCAGCCAAUGAAUUGUGGAUGGCCUCUGACUUGAGGGCAUCGUACUUGUCAGAGAUGAGUCCUUCGGAAAUGAAGAAACGUCGAGUGGAAGCCAUCAAAGGAGUCUUUAAAGCAGAGAUCUGGGGCGGUCUCUUUGCCAUGGACUCUUCCAUGGCGAGGCCAAAACGUCACAUUUUGUGGUCCAACGACGAGAUGUUUUUGAAACGCCUGGUGGCGUUUGCUGGCACAGCAACGAAGGAUCAAUUGAACAACAUGACUGGGGAACCUUUGGUGAAGCCAUGUACCAAACCUGAUGGUUCAACGGGCUUUUGCGGCAAUGGCAACGCCAUGAAGCAGACUUACCAUCCUGCCUUUGGCUGGUAUUUGGCACAGUUGCUGAAGGAAAGUGUGUUUGACAAGUCCGACCUGGAACUGUUCAAGGCCGAAGCGAUGCAGUUGAUAAAGUACUUGUCCAACAGUAGUGACUUCUUGCCUUCAGACCGUUGGUGCAAGCCUUUGAAACGUGUCUUUAAGUUGGUGCUGCCAACCAGUGCCACUGUAAGCUUAGUUCCUGGUUCGGCCAUGGCUGGCACCGAAGAUGUCUUCAUGGAGGUGAUAAAUGAGCUCUCGGCUUCGUUUGGAGGCACUCCUACUGCUGAACAGUUGAGUGAGGCAUGUGACCUGUCUCUUGACGAAGCCCAGCAGGUCUUGUCAGAGUUGGGCUUGCUUCCUGGACGUAAUGCUCCCAAGGUCAAAGCCACCGCUGCCAAGGCUGCAGCUUCCAAGUCUGCAGCUGCCAAGUCCGUUGCUGUACCACCUCUGGCUGUUGGAGAUGAGUCUAAUGAAGAGGAGCAGCCAGAACCUGGGUCUCGUCUUGUGCGUGCUGUGCUCCCUGGAACUCUAGAAGUACCCAUGGAAGAGGAUGAUGCGACAGUACACCAUCCCAGUCCUGAACCUGCAAGUCCAGCUGAUCAUGGGGAGAAUGGCGAGACGGAACCUGAUGAGGUUGAGCUGGUUGAAGAAGCCUUCGCUCCUCGCCUGAUGCUGCCUGACAGGCAGCCCACGUCACAGGAGACACCGCUCAGUGGCAUGAAGCGCCAACUGAGCUUUACUGAGACCUCUUGCGAGAAGCGUCAGGCGCUUUCUUCGCUGGAACACCAGGACUCCCAGAGGUCGAUUGCCACCCUGCUGCGUGGGCAGCAAUUGUUACGCAAACAAGGUUUGGAGUUGGAUCUCCAGAACCCAGAGGCCUUGGAGAUCCGUGCUGGUUCUACGGACGCUGCAGCCAGUCCAGUUGAGACACCUCCUCCCACUCGUGCUCCGGAAUCUGCGCCCUGUGGAGAUACACAAGUCGAUGACGCCACGCAGGUUCCAAGUGCCAGUCUGGCUGGUGGAGUGCCUGCUGCUGAGCCUGAACGGUCUACGGUGCCAACCCUGCAGAUCCCUGACAAAGAGAUCACUUCGACCAACUUCAAGAAAGAGUGGCUUCUACUCGGCCGAGUGGCUGCAGGCCCCCGGGCCACGGAAUUUCCUCAAAUUGCCAAGGCAACCUUGAUUGAGGCCAUCGAGGCUACGUUUACUGUGGAGAGAUCGCAUGAGGGAGAGCAUGAGGGCACCAAAGAACUCCUGACGAUCGAUCAGAUGAGAAAGCGUGGUUGCAGUGAGGCAAAGAUAGCGGCCUGCGUAGCCAGGGGCGGCGUGCCUGACAAAGACUGUCCGUCAGAUGAAGCGUCUAUGCAGUUUUGGUGCCACUUGACUCAGAAAGAAACUACCCGAGACAAGGUGAAGGUCAAAACGAAAGCAACAGCCAAUGUUGCUGCUGGUACGGUGGUGGACGCGCUGGGUACAGGUUUCCCAUCCCAGAACUUGGUCCACGUUGCCAACCCUGCCCAGAUGAUAGCCAGUAGAGUUGCGGCUACUGCUGCAAGCUCGCCUCAAGCAGACAUGGCUUCGCCUGUGGUUUCAGGACGUGCCAAGGCAAAGGCCAAAGCCAAGUGUCAGCCCAAGGCAAAGGGUCAGCCCAAAGGCCCUCUUGGACUGGACUUGGCAGAGAAAAAUUUGGAGCAAAAGAAGGGACUCUUGCGUGCUGCCCUUGGUACUGAAUUGAAGAAAGAGCUGAACAAUCUGAACAGCCUCGUGUUGGACUUGCAGAGUUGUGACUAUGACAUGAAAGACGGAGAGAACGCCUUGAAGCAGCACAUGGCUGUCACUGCGUCCCGAGUCAAGCGUGCAGAGCUCACUGCUGCUCUGCGAGAGAUCCGGAAGUCAGCCUGCCACGGUAUUGCGCCUUGA